AUGGCGUGUGUACGCCAAUGCGAGUGGGGCGAUUCACCUUGUGGGCUAUAUGUCGAGUUCAACAAGAACGUCGUCAGCAAACAUCUAUUCGAGUGGCAUGGCGUUAAUAAUAGUAAGGGGGCUCGCUGCAAGUUCGAGGGCUGCUCCGCCGCGAAUAAAACAAUGAAGAAUUUGGGCCGCCACAUUGCGACGGUCCACCUUGACGUGACCUGGCAAUGCUGUUAUUGUCGUGUGGUGUGGUCGAGGUCUGAUGCCGCGAAGCGGCAUUAUCCGACUUGCGAUUCGUACAAGGCCGCAAAAGAGCUGGCAGGUGACAGGUUCAAACUUGAACCCACGAAGAUGAUCCGCAAAGGAUACAUCGUCCCUGCCCACGGCACCACGUCAGACGAGAUUUGAGAAUGGCUGACGAGUCCCUGUUUAUUAUGGGCAGGAACUGGCUGGUGUUACCCGCAUUCAGCAUUUCCAACAUGAUUGUUCCAGUAGAAAUAUAUUGGUUUUCAUUACUGUUCGAGCCGUAGAUAAACUGUGGUUUGAACAUUGUCCAGACAAGUAGCAAAUCGCUUGAAUAAACAGCAUGACGAAAACAUUGCCCAGAUCUACGUUCGAAAAUCUACUUCGAAACACCAAUAAGCUAGAUCAAUACCAAGAUGAAAGUGAGAAUAAAUAAAAACGAAUUCUUCUGCUCCCUAUAAACCAACCAACUAUUACCAUCCAGCAAGCAUCUCCCGUGCUACACGCC